AUGCCAGUAGAAGCCCUCAAGACCGUUGCUACGGCACGCAACGGUGUCGGCGCAUUCAUUCUUCAAUGUAAAAGGCUAGACUUCCACUACUGCGACUGGGCAGGCUCAUCUCGAGGCAUGAACAACUUCCUCGCAUCAUCGACGCAACCGAACAAGACCUCAGCUCUCCUAUCACUGACCUCACGCUACCCAUCCACUGAAUUCCGCAUCUCUCCUCGCCCGAACAAGCACCCAAUCCUCAAGGCUUAUUAUAUCAAUGGCAACAGCAAGGCGGUGUGUGUGCGCAAUCUUGAGCCUGCGCAGAUCGUGCAGAAGGCCGAAUUACUAUUGCAAAAUAGUGGGACGAAGAAUAAGAAGAUCAGAGGACGGAAUGUGCUGUCAAGCAAUGAGAACGUGAGAGGCAUGUGGAGUGCACUACAUGGAGGUAUUACACAGAUAUAG